GGAGGCUGCUUGCGCGCCGGUCCGCACUCGCUCCUCGCGCCACGACGGUGACACACGCACUCCGCACAUAUCGUGCGAAUACAACACUAGUGUUCCACAUUCGAAAAUUAAAAACCAACAAGUGCAAUUAAAAACGUGCCCUUAUUUUUUAUAAUUCCGCGAGUGUUUCCAGCCAGUGUUUUCUUAACGUUGCAUUUUCAUUAAUCUGGAAAAUCGUGUAUGAAUAUGGACUUGCCUGAAGGAGCUACAUCAAUGCGUUGUUCAUGGAUGUCUUUUUAACUGGUUUUCCCAAAAAGCUUUUGGUAGCUAUAUCCUUAGUAGUAUUAAUAGCCAUGUUCAUAACACCGACUGAAGCUCGAACGUUGGAGAGGAGGCGACACAAACGUGUGGAGGGCAUGGCACAGACCAAAGACACGAGCAGACUUAGCAUGGCGCACAGAGGACGCCACCAGAAAAGGCUAGAGAAUCUAACACUCCCCACGAGACGCGACGCCAAAGAGCCCCGACGACCAAAAAACGCGAAAAUUUACGUGAGAGAAACGAGGAAGAUCCUGAGAAAGGUGAAGAAUACGAUGAGUUUCUUCAGGGACGACCAGCAGCAGCUGAGACUGAGGCAGGAGUUGAAGAAGUACAGGGAGACGGUGCCGAGUUGGCUGCCGACGGUCAACUUCGUCGACAUUCACUACAACAGUGCGCUGCACUACAACAAUGGCAACGCGAAGAGGAAUGGCAGCUCCGCUCCUGAACGAAAAUUCAAGUUCCUGAUGCCCAAACUGUACAAAUCACUGGUCGAAUACGAGGAACUCUUUAAGCGAUUCCAGAAUGUAGAACUGAACUUCCCCGACGACCCCUUCAACGCAUAUAAGAACAAGCGCAACGAAGUACUACAGAAGACAUUGCUGAAACUAUACAGCACGAUACAAGAAGUCAACGACAGCAUGACAGCGGUCAACAUGACCAUUCCACAAUUCAAGAACAAACUCGAUCUAUCGAAACUAGAGAUGAAAGUCGACGCGACGCAAUGCCUAAGAAACGACUUCCUCUUGUUCAGAGGGUACGGAAACCUUCUGAAGAACUGGUACUCGGAAUUCCGGUGUCCAAAAAAUGGCAAGAACACAUCUCAACGGAAGAUAUGCAAGGACUUCGAGGAAAUGUUAAAAGAAAGAAAGGAUAGUAGAAAGGACAGAAAUGUAAGGACCAGGAGCCGAGCGACGACGUAAUAGUUUUAGGAUGUAAAUUGACUUAUUUAUUCCUCUAGGUUUUUAACGUUUGUACUUAUUUAUUGUAUUGGGAGUGAUUCGUAGUUGAAAUGUAAUUUUUAACAUCAUUUGUAAAAAAAUGUUUGACAGUUGAAAUUUCAACGUAAAGCCAGUGAUUAGACUAAAUAAUUGUGAUCGCGGAGAGUAAGAAAGUUUUGAAGAAUUCUCCCGUUUAAUAAUUGUUGAUGUGCUCUCUGUAGGUGUUGUGUUGAUGUACUUGACGAAACAAUAUUAUUGUUGAUUAAGAAAUGGGUACUUUCUCUGUGAUAUUUAGUAUUGUGUAGUUAGUGAACAUUAAUUUAUUGAAAUUCUUAGCAUUUAAGCAGUUGUAAUAAGUUCCUCUACUUAUUAGCAUCGUGCAACUCUCUAUCUGUAUUGCGUCUUUGUUUUAUCUGCCUUGUUGUGUUUGUAUUGUCUCCUGUUAUUUAUUACUGAUGAAUCUAAUUCAUGAAUAUAAUUAUUUAUUGCUACUUCGAAAUAUUGUUAAAUAUUUUACAAGUACUUAAUUUAUUCUUUUGCACUAAAAAUUAACUUACAAAACAUUUCAUUUAUUUCCUUUCAGGAUUGACAAUGAUUCUAUUAUAUUUAUAUAUUCUAUUGACAUUCAUUGUAUGUGUCGUUCUAUUGGCUUAAACAUUCGCUUAAGUUAAUGAAAUAACACAUAUACAAUUUGAAAAUUCAGCCAUGCAAGAACUUAGUUUUAUUACUGACUAAUCUCUAAACUAUCUCGUCUAGUAUUACUAGUAGGCUCUGAAGCCGUUUUAGCCAAGAAAGACUUUUAGCUUAAUUUAAGUGCUUAUUUAUGUAUACUUAGUAGUAAUAAAUGUAAACUUGUGCCGUAGCAUAAACGAAUGAACUGAUACCUACCGUGUCUAUACUUCCUAAAUGUACAUUAAUGUAAUGUCGCGCAUAAUCUAAAGCUACUUUUGUUACAUCUGAAGUAUAAGUACAUACAUGAUAGUAUUAAAAUGAAAAUAAAAUUAUUCAAUCUCA